GCGAAUGGCCCCAGUCAAGAGGAGCGUGCCGUUCUCUCUCGUCUCCUGGAGGUUGAAGACGGUACUGUCCAUUGAGAGUGUCCCACAGCAGCAGAAUCUCUUACCUGCUGGGUGUUGACGUCAUGAACGGACAGGACUUCAGGGGGAGAACAGGGCAACAGACUCCAGAAUAGUCCGUAUGCAGUCAGAAUCAGCGACCACAGCUCGACGAACAUAUCUGGAGGGUUUGCAAGCAUGGCGGAGCCGGGCCAUAUAGAGGUGACAGUAAAGACCUUGGAUUCUCAGAGCAGAAGUUACACCGUUUCGGGACAGAUGACAGUGAGAGAGUUUAAGGAGCACAUCGCCUCCUCAGUGGAGAUCCCUGUGGACAAGCAGAGGCUGAUCUACCAGGGCCGGGUGCUGCAGGAUGAGAAGACACUGGCCGAGUACAAUGUGGAGGGGAAGGUUAUUCACCUGGUCGAGCGGGCUCCUCCUCAGACCUCCCACUCGGGGGGUGGGGCUGGGGGCGUGUCAGGGAUGGGUGGGGCAGCGGAGGGGGUGGGGCCCUCCUCCCACUCCUCCACCUCCACCGGCACCGCCCAGGGGGGGCCUCAUGACCGAAACGCCAACAGCUACGUCAUGCUGGGGACCUUCAACCUUCCUGUCAACAUCAUGGACCCUCAGCAGAUACAGAUGUCGGUGCAACAGAUGAUGGCAGGUGUGGGUGAGGGUGGCAGGACAGCCAGAGUCAGCAGCAGCACAGGAGUGAGCGACCCUCAAACCUGCUUAAAAUCUCCCUCUAAUCUCCUUCAAACCUACUUAAAAUCUCCCUCAAACCUACCAGCCGACACUGUGAACUACGCCCACGCAGUGGCCCUGAACGCGUGCGUGAGCUGCAUUGUGAAGCCCGUCUCUGCCGCCCCCUCUCAGACGGUGCAGGGGGAGGGGCCGCCCCUCUCUCUCUCUGAGGCGGUCAGCCGGGCUGCGCGCUCCGCUGGGGUCCGGCCCGUCAGCGCCACCGACAGCCUGCAGGAGGAGCUAGAGAGCCCUGAGCUACAGGAGGCCUACACAGAGCAGGUGAAGAGUGACAUGAGGAAGAGGUUGAGGGAGGAUCCAGACUUCAGCGCUCAGCGCUUCCCAGCACACACCGGGCCUUCUUCUCCGACUCCUAACCCCAGUGGCUGUCGCACGUGUCAAUCACUCUGACCCGCCCCCGUCGUUCCCGCCUCUGCGGCCGAAAAUAGCUCCAGCUCCUACGCCUAACUGUCCGUUCUGUGUCCCGCCCCUUUCCUGCUUCUGUCAGAUGUACCAGUAGGCCUGCCAGCUCAUUGGACAGCACUUCUGUCAAUCAUAAUCCUUGUCUCUCAUUGGGCAUAGUUAGGCUGUAUGCAGCAGUAGCUCCCUCCCCUUUCUCUUUUUCAGUUGCCCUGAUUGGGCAGUUAACUUUUGGUCUGUGAUGCGACUGGCACAGCCAGAAGCGUCUGUUAAGAAGCUGGAGUGAUGGGCGUUGGUGAAGAGGAGAGAGAGGGAGAGCAGGAAAUGGAAAAGGAGAAAGUGAAAGAGGGAGAGGGUGUUCACUAAAUGAGUGAUAAGUAUCACUCAACUUGCUCAUCAGCUUUUGCCAUGAUUGACUCCUGUUGAUAACCACUCAACAGCUUCAUUGUGAUUGGCCAGCGUCUGGACUCCUGUUGAUUACCUGCUCAUCAGCUUUGUUGUGAUUGGCCAGCAUUAGGACUCCUGUCAGGUUGUCCUUCUCGAUGUCUUCACCGUGACUCUUGCACCAACCCCCUCUGUGCCAGGCUGUAGCUCUGAGUUCUGUCUGUAAAUUAAUACGCUGAAAACUAUACAGGGGUCUAAUAAGUAAACUAUGAUUGUAAGAUUUAAAUAUUAUACAGCGGGUCUUAUGGGUUCAGCAUCCACGCCAGACUACUGAUUUAGAGGUUUAAUUAUGCCAUUAAGAGUGAGAUACCGUUAGACAGGUCAUUAUGGCCCUUUAUUAACAACUCACUGUUUUGUUUAUUUGAACGAAACGCCAAGAUAAUGAACAUUUUAGGUGAACAAAAAAAAGGUGUCAACAUGAGGUGUGAUUUGAGGGCGUGUGUGUGAGGAAAGAGCGAUGUUUUUAACGUUACUCCCGUGUUUUUAACGUUACUCCCGUGCGAAUGUGGCCAGCCUGUCGGCCAUCUCUGUUGUAAAAAGUUCCAGGUCUCUCUUUUGCGUAUUAUUAGAAACUACUCUGAAAUAAAGAAGUUUAAACUCCGAGAAACAC